AUGCAUCACGGCGGCGGCGGCGGGGCGAUCCGCGUGCUGAACGUGGCGGAGAAGCCGUCGGUGGCGAAGUCCGUCGCGGAGAUCCUGUCACGGCCGUCGGGCGGGAUGCGGUCGCGGGAGGGGCGGUCGCGGUACAACCGCGUCUUCGAGUUCGGCUACUCCAUCGGCGGUCGCGCCUGCCACAUGCUCGUCACCUCCGUCACGGGGCACCUCAUGGAGCUCGAGUUCGAUGACCGGUUCCGCCGCUGGCACUCUUGCGACCCCGCCGAUCUCUUCCACGCUCCCGUUCGCAAGUCCGUACCCCAGGAUAAGCAAGACAUAAAAAGAACAUUGGAAGAGGAAGCUCGGAACUGUCAAUGGCUUGUGCUUUGGCUCGAUUGUGACAGAGAGGGUGAGAAUAUCGCAUAUGAAGUGAUUGAUAUUUGCUCAGGCGCCAACAGCCGCCUCAACAUUUGGAGAGCUCGUUUCUCAGCUUUGAUUGACAGGGAAAUACACGAAGCUGUGCAACAUCUUGACAGACCCAACAAGCUCUUUGCUGAUGCUGUGGAUGCAAGACAGGAAAUCGACCUUCGUAUUGGUGCCUCCUUCACAAGGUUCCAGACAAUGCUGCUGAGAGAUGCAUUUGUUCUUGAUGACACUGGGGAUGAAAGGAAUAUGAUUCUGAGCUAUGGUCCUUGUCAGUUUCCAACCCUGGGAUUUAUUGUUGAGCGUUUCUGGGAGAUUCAAGCUCAUGAACCUGAAGAGUUUUGGACAAUAAAUUGUUCCCAUACUUCAGAUGAAGGCACUGCAUCUUUUGGUUGGAUACGUGGUCAUCUGUUCGAUUACUCAUCUGCUGUUGUGAUCUAUGAAAUGUGUGUUGAAGAACCAAUGGCAACAGUGCAGAAUGUAAGGAACCAAGAGAAACUAAAAUAUCCUCCAUAUCCACUAAGUACCAUAGAGCUUCAGAAACGUGCUUCUAGGUACUUCAGAAUGAGUUCCGAGCACACAAUGAAGGUGGCAGAAGAACUGUAUCAAGCUGGAUUUAUUAGUUAUCCCAGGACAGAGACUGAUAACUUCUCUCCAAACACUGACCUACAUUCCAUUGUGCAGGAACAAACAGCUCAUCCAGUUUGGGGAACAUAUGCUCAGCGUCUUUUGGAUCCUGAAGCAAGGCUUUGGAGAAAUCCCAGCAAUGGCGGGCAUGAUGACAAGGCACAUCCUCCUAUUCACCCAACAAAAUUUUCAGCUGGAGAAACCAACUGGUCUGAUAACCAUAAAAAAUUGUAUGAGCUUGUUGUUCGCCAUUUCCUUGCUUGUUGUUCCCAACCUGCAGUUGGAGCUGAAACAACUGUGGAAAUUGACAUUGCUGGCGAACAGUUCAAUGCAUCAGGGCGUGUUGUACUUUCUAAAAAUUAUUUGGAUGUCUAUCGGUUUGACUCAUGGGGCGGUACAUUACUUCCAACAUACACCAUUGGGCAGCAGUUUAUUCCAACAACUUUAACACUUGAUUCUGGAGUGACUCGACCACCUCCUCUGCUUGCUGAAGCUGACCUCCUUAGCUGUAUGGAUAAAGCUGGAAUUGGCACUGAUGCAACGAUGCACGAUCACAUAAAAAAGUUACUUGACCGUUGUUACGCAACCAAAGACGCAAAUACACGUUUCUCCCCAACAAAUCUAGGCGAGGCAUUGGUGAUGGGUUAUGAUGAAAUGGGGUAUGAGCUUUGGAAGCCUUAUUUGAGAUCAAUGAUGGAAGCUGAUAUGAAAUCAGUUAGCAUUGGAACAAAGAGUAAAGCAGAAGUACUUGAGAAUUGUUUGCAGCAAAUGAAGGCUUGUUUUCUUGAUGCAAGGGCAAACAAGGUGAAGCUCUUUGAUGCGAUGGGAGCAUUCUUUGCUAGGUCAAGUAGACCUAUCAAUGAGACACAGAACUCCAUUGAAGCUGUGAGGCCAUGUGCUGCAUGCAAUGAAUCUGAAAUGGUUCUGAAGCGAAGGCCGACUGGUGAAUUUAUGGUUGGGUGUCGGGGCUUUCCUCAAUGUAGAAAUGUAGUCUGGCUCCCUGGAUCUCUUUCAGAAGCUUCUGUGACUGACCAAGUUUGUCCUACCUGUGCUCCAGGUCCAGUUUAUAAGAUUCAAUUUAAGUUUCGCCGAAGGGAUAUUCCACCAAGUUUUGAUGUUGAUCACCUUGGUUGUAUUGGAGGAUGUGACGAUAUACUCAAAGAGCUUACUGAAAUAAGUAGAUUUGGAAGCCAUAACCAGACUGCAACACCAGCAAGAAAUCAGAGCCAGAAUCCAAGUGGUGCAAGGCAGGGGGCUCCAAGGCAAGAUUUACAUACUGAUUUUCGUCCAGCCAGGCAGUUCACUAACGGACACACACCUGUUGUGAAUCCUCAAGGUUUCCGUUCAACCCAUACUGGAAGUUCAGGAAAUGCAUCAGACUCAGGUCAAGUACAGUGCACUUCAUGUGGAGAACCCUGUAUACUGCGAACUGCUAAUACAGAGGCUAAUAGGGGGAGGAAGUUCUACAAAUGCCAAGAUCCUGCAUGUGGCUUUUUUGCAUGGGAAGACGAUGUGCAGAAUUCUGUGCCGAGGGGCCGUGGGCGGGGCGGGCGCAGUGGCAGCAGGCAAGCAUCUGCAUCUGCAGGACGGAGAGGCGGCAGCCAAGCGCGAGGCAGGAGGGGCAGGGGACGGAAUGCUGAUGGCAUGAUGUUCGUUGCGGCGACGGGCGAGCCCGUGCACGGCAGCUGCUUCGUCUGCGGCGACCCUACCCACUUCGCCAACGCCUGCCCCAGCCGCGGGAGAUAGUUCUCAGCCAAUUCCUCGCUACGCCCGUACAGAUUUUUUAGCCGGGGUGGCCGAUUACAGGCAUGCCCAGAUUUUCAUCAAGGAGUGAUGGCAUUGGCAUGGUAAGUUGAUUCCUCUUAUAUGCAUUAUACAUGAUGACUAGUUCAUCGUAGAUAUGUCAGUGAUUUUCUAGAAACUUUGA